AUGCUCUGGGCGUCAUACUCGAUACACAUCAGGGUUGAAUUGCCUGAUUACUUUGUCCUCACAGUGGGAUCAGCCCAGCCAAGACGCAUCCAGUGGCAGGCAGUUUCAGAAAAAGGGUUUCCCACCAUGUCGGCCCGUGAUUGUCCACCGGUCCAUCAUCGUGGCAGCCUGCACUGGGCAGUGGGCCUCAACAUCACGGUAUUUGAUCCCGUAGCCGAGACAUUCCGGCACAUGAGCCGCCCAGAGCAGUUGGGUGAUAUGGUGUCAUUGUUGGAUACUGUCGGCGGCGCACUCGCGUUGUGUCGCACGGAUUGUACCUACGUCACUUUGGAUGUUUGGGUGUUGCAGGACUAUGAUGCCGAAACCUGGGGCUUUCAGUACCAUAUUAGCUUGUCAGCGAUGGUGGCAUCGCCACCGCUUGAUUUGAGGGUCAAAUAUGUCCCUAGGAUGGCUGUGAUCAAUGAGCAUGAGCUGGUUAUCGAUUAUCCUACCAGUCUGCUGCAUUGUAACAUUGAUGUUGUGUUUAUAGGAAAUCUAGAAAGCGAAGAGCAUGGAAACUACUUGAUGCUCACUCGGCAUCGUCUCCAAGAGAGCAUGGUUUCACUUCCAUUGUUUGAGAACCAAGAAGAAGAUGGUGUGAACAAGGAGCCUCCGUUCCUCAUAGUGCUAUAA